UCUCUGACUGCCGUGGCGUCAACACUGCGGCCGUUCCUUCCUCCCUGCCUCCCUGCCUCGCGCCGGCUCACACUUCCCCGCGACCAAGUGCUUGUACAGAUUUUCUUUCCCUCUCAGACUGAAAAGUAAAGCGCCACUCGGGCAUUACUUUAGCAGACUCAGUAAAUCAUUGCCAAUCCGGUGCAAUAGGAAGAUGUACUGACGCAACACAGCACAAGUCAAAAACCUUCGUGUCAUCACCCAAAAAAUUGCAAAAAUGAUGUAAAAAGUGUAGUUUCGUAUUUUCUUCUAAAUUUUCGAGACUUAUACAAGAAGCUGUUUUCCUUCCUUCACCCUGCUGGAGGAACGGAGCGAAGGAGCGAAGGAGUGAAGGAGCAAAGGAGUGAAAGUGUCCGGGUCACGUAGGACCUGAGGGACGUUUUAGCGACCGCGUACUGCAUCGCCAACACGGACGACGAAAAGAAGGAGGAACGAGAAGAGCAAACCAACAGAAGGCGAAGUUUGCGGGAGGGCGGAGGAGCGUGCGUGUCCGUGUGUCCGUGUGCGUGCGUGUGACUUGAAGCACAGCACAUUACCACUUUUAUCGCCGCGCAUAAACAACACAGCCCCGAGUAAUGGUGCAAGUGGUUACAGGUGGUGCGGCGAGGCGGUACAGCAGCCAAUCCACGGUCGAUUUUUGCCACACCGCCAGUGACACUCCUUCUGGCUGCUGACUCCACCACGGUGCUGACUCCAGUGCUCUAGUGACUUUCGCUGACCAUACUAAACUGCUGGCGAGCCUUUCACGGGACUCAAGCUUACGUCCCACGAUACUGACGACCCUGACGAGGUGCUGAAGAGGUGCUGACGAAGAACUGACGACACUCCACACUGCUGACUACAAAACCACAACUCAGCAAAAGGAAUAAGACACAAUGCUGAAUGGUCCACAGUGCUGAUCUUUCCCUAAAGCAUCACUACCACACAAGAUACACUACCCCAGCCUGUCACUACCACUACCACCACCACCGCCACCACAACCACCGCCACCACCACCACCACUGUCCGGCCAAAGUCUCCACCUACCACUCACCACCAGCAAACGAGCAGCGGGGCGCCAGUCGGCUCACCACGACCUGCACUGAGCCAAGCACCUCCCAGGAACAAAUGAUUUUCUAACUCUGCACAAGAUGGAGUGUGUUGCUGGACUUCUCUGCCUCUCCUGCCUCGUAGGCGCCGCAGGAGGGUUCGCGCCUAGCAUCGAGGCGCCCCCUGCCACCUCUGAGCCGCCUCCCACCACCACAGUAGACGCGGCGCUCCUGCCAGCCUUCGUGGGGCGUCACAAUACCACCGUCACCGUGCAUGCCGGGGACACCGCCACGCUGUCCUGCCAUGUGGUGCGCCUCGGGGACAAGACGGUGUCAUGGGCGCGGAGACGAGGUGACGACUUCCACAUCCUUACCGUGGGUCUGCAAGCUUACUACAGUGACGACAGGUACACGCUGAGCUACGAGUACCCCAACAACUGGAAGCUACAGAUCCGCUACACACAGAAGAGGGACGAGGGUCUGUACGAGUGUCAGAUCUCCACACACCCGCCACGCAUCAUGAGGGUAUUUCUGACAGUCUCGGUGCCUGACAUCGAGGUGCGAGAUCCCCGGGGAGAGGCGGUGAGCGAGGCUUACUACAGGGUCGACUCCACGGUAGGGCUGCAGUGUGUGGUGAUGCCCGUGCCACCAAGCCGCCCAGUGCUGUGGAGUCGUAGUGGCCGCCCCGUCACCACCAUGCCCGAGCGGGGAAUCAGGGUGGACACCUCUCUCAUGGGUUCUGGCCUCAGCUCGUGGCUCCACAUCGCCCGCGCCGCCGUCAGUGACUCCGGGAACUACACUUGUACCGCUGGGGACACCGUGACGGCAGGUGUUCGUGUGCACGUGUUGGAUGGUGAGAGCUCGGCCGCCAUGCAGCACCCCAAGUCCGGGGGCGGGAGACUCCUGCAGCGCCCUGCCCACUUCCUCCUGCCCCUUGUGACUUCCCUCCUCGCCCUUACUUAACCUGCCAGCCCAGCCACGCCCGCCGCUGUCUGUACCCACACACCCACACACCCACACACCCACACUGCCACGCCCAUUGUUAUAUCCACACUGUACAUAUAUCCACAUCCACAUUGCUGCUUCAUGUCGUCUUCUCUCUCUCUCUCUCUCUCUCUCUCUCUCUCUCUCUCUCUCUCUCUCUCUCUCUCUCUCUCUCUUUUUGUGUCAUAUACAUACAUACGUAAAUACAAAUGGUGUUUUCUAUUGUUUUUUAUUUCUUCUUUUUUGUAACAUCGCCGCCUUAAAUGGGUGUAAUUCAGAUGUUGUAUGUACAGCACCCAAAUGUACUACAGUGCUUCACAUACACACACACACACACACACACACACACACACACACACACACACACACACACACACACACACACACACACACACACA